ACUGAAAACGCGAGCAGUCGAUCUCCUGAAAUCCGAGCAAAAAGCCCAUUACAGUGAACUGUUUUACUGUAGUUCCCAGCACGUACUGUAUUGUCAUUGGCCGACGGGUGUUGUUGCAGGGGCAUAUUCAGAGCUUACACACGCUACUCACUUGCUGAAGAAAGACGGGGGAAGCAUAUUUCUUUUCAUGUCUUGGAUUAUUUUUUUGUUUUAAGUUUGUUAAACACGUACCAAAACACACCUGGAAGUCGUUUACCGCGAUCACGGCUACUUGAAUUGGAUUCUUUGCGAACACGAUUAGUAAAAUACCAUUUAGACGUAACAUACACCAACAACAAUAUUCUCAAGAGAGGGGCUUUCAGUGCAGGCUAGCAAAGCUAACCAGUUAGCUUCAUGAUUGUGAGUUGUCAAGUGACACGGACUCGGGUUUGUUCGGUCACAUUGGAACAGAACUGAACAAACGCAAUAAACGACCCGAUUUGCUCGUAACUGCGUUAGUUUUGGAGGAAAAGAGAGGACAAAAUACUUGGUUUGGUUUAAACUUGUUUUUCUUCUAAAGGAAAAACGGAAUAUGGCUCAACAUGGACAUCAUGUUGCGAGUUCACAGAAAGCCCUUAUGCUUGAGAUGAGAAGUCUUCAAGAAGAGCCAGUUGAAGGCUUCAAAAUAACUUUAGUUGACGAGUCGGACUUGUACAACUGGGAAGUAGCGAUAUUUGGACCUCCAAAUACCCUUUACGAAGGUGGCUAUUUUAAGGCUCGUAUAAGAUUCCCCAUCGACUACCCAUACUCACCCCCCGCCUUCAGAUUCCUCACCAGAAUGUGGCACCCCAACAUCUAUGAGAACGGGGACGUGUGUAUUUCUAUCCUGCACCCCCCAGUGGACGACCCUCAGAGUGGAGAACUGCCCUCAGAGAGAUGGAACCCCACACAGAAUGUCAGGACGAUCCUGCUGAGUGUGAUCUCUCUGCUGAACGAGCCCAACACCUUCUCCCCGGCCAACGUGGACGCCUCAGUCAUGUACCGCAAAUGGAGGGACAGUAAAGGGAAAGACCGCGAGUACGCCGAGAUCAUCAGGAAGCAGGUGCUAGCGACCAAAGCCGACGCCGACCGCGACGGCGUUAAGGUUCCUACGACGCUGGCAGAAUACUGCAUCAGAACGCGCGCUCCUCCGCCCGACGAGGGGUCCAACCUCUUCUACGAUGAUUACUAUGACGACGAGGACUUGGAGGAUGAGGAGGACGAGGGAGAGGACUGUUGCUACGACGAAGACGACUCUGGGACGGAAGAGUCUUGACUGCCCACCCCCCCCAGCCCCCCUCCCCGCUCCCCUCGAAGUCGCAAUCAAUCCCCCUUCUCCGCCCCUCUCCCAAAUUUAUGACUUCAGUCUUUUCCAGAAGAGUUUUGUUUUUGUGUUGGUUUUAUGAAAUCAGCCGUUAUAUAAAGAAGAAAGCUACACAGUU